AUGUCUUCAGGCUUAACUUUGUUGGACCAAUUUAGUUCUCAGAUUUCUCAGUCUUUCAGCCAUCAUAUUGGAAGGGCCAUUAUUUCUUGUCUCUCGGGACUUGCAAGCGCCUGUGAAGAAGAGAGCAAGUGGGUUUUUAAUACUUAUUCUUCCAUCGAGAACUCAAAGCGAAAGGGGCAAGGCUCAAAGCAGAAGUGCCCCAAGGGAGGGAACUCAAAGCAAAAGCACCUCAAGGAAGAGACUGGAGUGAUGAAACCAUCCAAGCCAUUGGUAUUCCAAGGGCAAGCUAUGGAUCAAGAAGAUGACCAAGGCCACCAUGGGUAUUAUACUGAUACAAGUUCACUCAUCCUCAAACUUGGCCAAGAUCUCUCAAUUAAUUGCUUACUUCGCUGCUCGAGGGCAGAUUAUGGCACUAUCGCUUCACUCAAUCAGAGUUUCAGGUCUCUAAUCCGAAGUGGGGAUCUUUAUAAGUUGAGGAGGCAGCUGGGUAUUGUAGAACAUUGGGUCUAUGUUUCUUGCAGCCUUCUUGAAUGGGAAGCUUUUGAUCCUUUGCGCCGUAGAUGGAUGUCUUUGCCUAAAAUGAUUUCAAACGAGUGUUUCCUUUUUUCUGACAAGGAGUCACUGGCUGUUGGCACUGAACUUCUUGUCUUUGGAAAGGAAAUAGAGUCUCAAGUGAUCUACAAAUACACCAUAUUAACCAAUGCAUGGUCGUCUGGCAUAAGGACAAACAUCCCAAGAUGGUUGUUUGGCUCUGCUAGUCUUGGAGAGAUUGCGAUCGUGGCUGGUGGUUGCGACUCAAAAGGCAAUUUACUGAGCUCUGCUGAACUUUAUAACUCAACGACAGAAAGUUGGUUGACUCUUCCCAGAAUGCAUAAACCUAGAAAACUAUGUUCAGGGGUAUUCAUAGAUGGCAAGUUUUAUGUCAUCGGUGGUGUCGGAAUAGGCAACCCAAGUGCAAGCGAUGGAGCCAGCUUAAAGGUGCUUACCUGUGGAGAGGUAUAUGAUUUGAGGACAGGAACCUGGUUUGAAAUUCCUGAUAUGUGCCCUCAAUGUGCUAGAGAGGGUACUAAUGAUUCUCCUGCAACAGCAAGAGCACCUCCUCUGCUCGCAGUGGUGAAGAAUGAGUUAUAUGCAGCUUAUUGCGAUGAAAAGGAAGUCUGGAAGUAUGACAAGCAGAGAAAUGUGUGGAUUACCAUAGGUAGAUUGCCUGAACAGGCAACCUCCAUGAAUGGCUGGGGGUUGGCAUUCAGGGCUUGUGGUAAUCAAUUGAUGGUUAUCGGUGGACCAAGGGCAUUGAAUGGAGGGUACAUAGAGAUCAAUGCUUGGGAGCCAGAUGAAGGUCCCCUAAAGUGGACAUUGCUGGGAACAAAGCAUUCAGGUAGUUUUGUGUAUAAUUGCGCUGUGAUGGGUUGCUGAGGUGUCCUGAUUUGGCAACAACUCAUAGUUUACAAGUUUACUUUAAUCUGUCUUGUUAAUUUGAUAUUCAGAAAAAAAUUUUGGCUAGUCAAGCGCUUGAAAGAAAUUCAAGAGGCAUAGACAAAUAAUGUAGAGCACCAGGUGCAUCUUUUAGCCGUGAAAUAUUGUAAA